ACUUCACAAAGGCCUCCUGCCGCAAACCUUCAGUGGCCACCAAAGCCCCGGCUGCCGGCGGCGGACCAGCUCUGCCGCCGCGCGCCUACCGGAGCCGCUCGGCCCUAGUACUUUCCAGCGGAUUUCCCCUCCGGUGCGGAGCCGGGUGCCGGGGUCCCACAGCCAACCACUACCGGUUCCUCUUUCGUCAGCCACCAGCGCCGGCAGGACCCGCGAAUCCCGAGCUCCAGGAGCCUGUAAGGCGGCCGCCCAUUGGCUCAGCCGCAUUGCUGGGCAGGCACUUCCAAAGCUUCGAGGAUUGGCUGACGCUCCCGGCGCCGGGGCUAGUUGGUGGGUAGGAUCACGUGCGAGGGGCAGGCCCCAUCUAGGCCCCGCCUCCUUGCUGCUGCCGCCGCCGCCAAUCCUGGUCCCGUUUCCUGAGUUCCCGGAGGUCCCUCGCGGGACGUCUCUCACCGCCACCGGCUCCUACUCUCGGGCUUCCAAAUCUGGGGCGAUGUCUCCCCAGGUUAAAUUACCCUAGCUCCUGCUCCAGAUCGCUUCCCCUCUGCCCCGCCGGAGCCCAGUAGUUCAAAAAUUAAAUUUGGGACAAGAGGUGCGCGCCAGAGCGCAGCUGUUUCUGGAGCCUGCGGCAGUGGUGGCGAGCCACAGGGCGGCGACCGUGAGCUCCGGGAGUUGCGCAAAUACCUGGAGACCAUGUCUGAGGAUGCGACCAGGACCCUGGGGAAAGGAAGCCAGCCCCCAGGGCCAGUCCCGGAGGGGCUGAUCCGCAUCUACAGCAUGAGGUUCUGCCCCUAUUCUCACAGGACCCGCCUCGUCCUCAAGGCCAAAGACAUCAGACAUGAAGUGGUCAACAUUAACCUGAGAAACAAGCCUGAAUGGUACUAUACAAAGCACCCUUUUGGCCACAUUCCUGUCCUGGAGACCAGCCAAUGUCAACUGAUCUAUGAAUCUGUCAUCGCUUGUGAGUACCUGGAUGACGCUUAUCCAGGAAGGAAGCUGUUUCCAUAUGACCCUUAUGAACGAGCUCGCCAAAAGAUGUUAUUGGAGCUAUUUUGUAAGGUCCCACAUUUGACCAAGGAGUGCCUGGUAGCGCUGAGAUGUGGGAGAGAAUGCACUGAUCUGAAGGCAGCCCUGCGUCAGGAAUUCGGCAACCUGGAAGAGAUUCUUGAGUAUCAGAACACCACCUUCUUUGGUGGAACCUGUAUAUCCAUGAUUGAUUACCUCCUCUGGCCCUGGUUUGAGCGGCUGGAUGUGUAUGGGAUACUGGACUGUGUGAGCCACACGCCAGCCCUGCGGCUCUGGAUAUCAGCCAUGAAGUGGGACCCCACAGUCUGUGCUCUUCUCAUGGAUAAGAGCAUUUUCCAGGGCUUCUUGAAUCUCUAUUUUCAGAACAAUCCUAAUGCCUUUGACUUUGGGCUGUGCUGAGUCUCACCGUCCACCCCUUCACAAUCCAGAAUUCCCCAGCUUGUUGGGAGUUUACAUCACGGAUUGUCUUGGGAAUCAAUCCGUCUUUCUUUCUUUUCUUUGAAGUUCCCAAUAAAAUGAAAACAGGAAAUGUA